AUGCCAAGAGGGAGCGAACAAAGGCUGACUCUUGGUUUUGAGGAUGCCCACAUUGAGACUCCAAAAGAAACACCAGUGAAUGAAGUGCCAGAGAAUAAAGCUCUUUCUCCCUGUUGCGUCACAGAUGGGACAUUUUUCAUUGAUUUGGCCAACAAGCAACUGCAAACCAUCUUGCCAGGGGUCUUGAGUCUGGAAUAUCUGGAAAAGAACCUGAUUGUAAGCGUUCCCAGAGACAUCAAUUGCCUGAGACACAUGAAGCUCCUCUGCUUGGAUCAGAACCACGUAUAGGACAUAUGCAAAGAACUGGGGGAGCUGAAGUGUCUUCUGAGCUUAGUAAGUAACAAUUCCCUCUCUUGUAGUUUGCUGCCAGUUAUCAGCAACUUGCAGGCCCUUCAUCAGCUCAGGCUGUAAAACCUGCACGAAAUUCCAGUGCAGAGUGAAUACCUCCCUCAUGUUGAGCUGCUCGGCCUCUCUAACAAUCAUUUCAAGUGUCUGCAAGAAAUAGCGAACCUGACAAACUUCAAGGAAAUUUACCUCCAGAAAAAUAGAUUUGAAAGUUUCCACAAAGAGCUUUGUCAUAUUGCUAAUUUAGAAAUUAUAGAUCUGGAACAAAACCUAAUCAGUCUCAUCCUACAAGAGGUAAGCUUUUUGACAAACUUAGUUAAACUAUUUUUAGCUUUUAAUAACUUAUCCUCUAUUCCUCCUACACUGCAACACUGCCAGAAGCUGGUUGUGCUGGAUCUGUCCCAAUCUCCGCACAAGCUUUCCCCAGGUUUGUAGAAUCUCACUGAAAUGAGAGUACUCAGACUGUCUGCUAACAGCUUGGCAAAGCUCCCACACCAGAUCUGCUGCUGGCUGUCCCUUUCCCGUGUUUAUCUGAGUAACACCGAAUUGUGCACAGUGCCGGGGUCCUUCACCAGAUUAACCAGUGUCAGGGUACUAGAUCUGAGUGAAAAUUGCUUUGGUGAGAUUCCUAAAAUAAUAUACAGUCAUAGAAUGGUACCUGCAGAGGUAGAAGAACUGACACAUCUGAAAUGCCAUAGCCUGUCUGGAAACCAAUCCAGUGUCUUUCCAAAGGAAAUCCUCAUUAGAGAGAUUAUACUGGGACAAAGUAAAGGAAUUAAACUCACAGGUCUGUCAGAAGACAUCAGCAAAUUGAAGAAUCCCAAAGAACUGCAUAUGGAGAAUAACUGUGUGUACCUGCCUGUAGCCAUUGGCUCAUUGAGCCUCUUAAAAAUACCUGACUGUCACGACAGGCACUUUAAGCAGCUCCCAUACUCUCUAAGCCAAAUACAUGAUCUUGUGGCGUGGGUUGUGGUGUGGGUUGAUGAGCCAGAAGGGGAUCAGACCCAUCUUGACACUUAA